CCAUUGGCCUUUCAUGAACUCGCCAGAAGUGGACACAAGACCAGAUCCGAGCGGUUUCCGCACGGCCCCUCCGUCGCUCGAACGGAAUAUUCUUACAACCGCACCGCGUCUCUCUGUUGCCAGCCCCCCGGCUUCCUUCUUCCUCCAGUUCUCCUCCUCUAUAUAUAGACGCCUCGCCCUUCUCGAACCCUCCCCUCCCCUCCCCUCCCCUCGGAUCGUCUUCUGGCGCAUGGAGGAACGGAGAUUUUUUAGUGUGUUUUUUUCUCCCUUAGGGCGCUCUGGUAGACUGACCGUACAGUUCUGACUGGAAUUUUUGGAGUCGGAAUCGCGUGGCGAUCUGCGGCGUUGAUGCUACCGCUGCGGGGGGAAUGGCGAAAAACGAAGUCUCCCAGAUGGAGGCGGAGUUGAAUAGCGGGGAGAAGCCCGGCCUCGGAGGAUUUGCUUUGGAGGGGGUUGGCUAUCCUUCAGACUGCCCUUUGGAACUUUCUUCUGAAUCACGACUGGAGCAUUGCAAUACAGCACCAGUGCAAGGCAAUAAUAGUAGCAGCCGGCUGUACAAGACCCCCGACUUUACUUUAUCAAGAUCAAAGACAGAAAAAAAAGUAACGAAGUAUGACUUAAAAUUGGACAGCUUGCCAGAAAGCGAAAAGAAAAAGUUGAUUGAGAAUUUGGUAAAGAUCCAGAAUGAUGGUACUGUGAAGGUGGAUGUUCAAUGUACUACUCCUGUAGCAUCACAACUGUUGGAGCUUGCUGCUGUUGGUUCUACACCUGUAGAUAUAAAUGAGUCUUCAUUUGACCUUGGAAAAUCAAUUCCACGACUAAACAUUGCAAUACUUGUCGUUGGAACAAGAGGAGAUGUUCAACCUUUUAUAGCAUUUGCAAAGAAACUUCAGGAGUUUGGUCAUCAUGUUAGAUUGGCAACUCAUGUUAAUUUCAGCUCUUUUGUAAAGUCAUGUGGUUUGGAAUUUUAUCCUUUAGGCGGCGAUCCUCGAAUACUGGCUGGAUAUAUGGCUAGAAACAAGGGUUUAUUAGCAGCUCCUACAGAGAUUAAUGUACAACGGAAGCAACUUAAGGAAAUAAUUGAUUCUCUACUUCCAGCAUGCACAGAACCUGAUUUGAUUUCUGGGAUGCCUUUCUUAGCUCAGGCAAUAAUAGCAAACCCACCUGCUUAUGGACAUUUACAUGUUGCUGAAGCUCUCGGAGUGCCUCUUCACAUUUUCUUCACAAUGCCGUGGACGCCAACUAAUGAAUUUCCACAUCCUCUGGCACGUGUGCCGCAGAGUGCAGCAUAUAGGCUGUCAUAUCUAAUAAUGGAGUUAAUGGUCUGGUGGGGCAUAAGGGGAUUCAUUAAUGAUUUCAGGAAAAAGAAGUUAAAAUUGCCUCCAAUUGCAUACUUCAGUACAUACCAUGAUUCUAUAUCACAUUUGCCAACAGGAUACAUGUGGAGUCCCCACCUUGUUCCAAAGCCAAGUGAUUGGGGUGCAUUGGUUGAUGUUGUUGGUUUUUGUUUCUUGGACCUUGGGACAAAAUAUAAACCAGCAAAGCACUUGGUGGAAUGGAUUCAACAGGGACCAAAACCUAUAUACAUUGGAUUUGGUAGCAUGCCCCUUGAAGAUGAAAAGAAAACUACAUCUAUCAUUUUGGAGGCACUAAAAGAGACACAGCAGAGGGGAAUCAUCAGUCGUGGCUGGGGCGAUCUCGGAAGUUGUAUGGUUUUCCAUUUCCCCUUUCAUUUAUUCUAUGUCUGAAAGUGUCAUUAGCAU